AUGAUCCUUAAACUAAUUCAAUAUAUUUCACGGAGCCAAAGCGGGAAGAGUCUCAUCGUUUGGAAUGAAUCUGAGUUUGCAAGAGAUGUUCUUCCGAAAUGCUUACGAAUCAAGGACAUGCCAUGUUUCACAUUCCAGCUUGAAUACUUUGGAUUCAAGAAAGUUGAAUCAUCUGAGCAAUGGGAUUACGCAAGCGAUUGUUUAGUGAGAGGUAAACCUGAGCUUUUGACACUAGAAUCUAUUAUGGCUAAGAGGUGGCAAGAAGUAGAUAGUGUGUUGGAGAGAUAUAAGAAGAGGCUGUUUGAUAUAAAGAAUAGGAUUUGGCCUGAUCGGACCUUUUGCUCAGUUAACAUAUUCUAA